UUGAAUGGGAGGCUUGUUUGACGGAAAGAGUAGCACAGACAGAAUUGCAGUCUUGCACAAAAAGUGGUAGAAAUCCAGAUGAAAUGGAUGUAAUGGAAGUCCAAUGAAAACAAAAUUUAGUGGUCACCUGAAGCUCAACAAAUUAAUUGAUAUAUCAAAUAGUUCACCUGUUGUGUAUGAUUGCCCAUCCACAAAAGCUGACUGAUUCAGCCUCUCAGUCAGAAUUCACCUUAUAAAUUCUUGUAACAUGUUUAACAUGAACAGUUCUUCAUGACAAAAACUGGAAACAACACUCUCUAACUAAGGUUUAUAUGCAGCGAAAACUGGUUGUGGCAGUUUGAACUAGAUGUAAACUUUCACGCUACAUAUUAAAUGCUUCAUGAAUGCAAACUUUAUUUAAUUUACAAUACAUAUUGUAAAUUCCUUGCAAAAGAGCAUAGCUUGUGUACUAGCCUAGACAGUGAAGCUUUUCUCCAGGCUCACCCCAUGUUAGCAUAUCCCGUACUACUCGCAGUUUCCGGAUCUAAUCACACAGUGCUGUGGAUCCAGAAGACCAAACCCCCUUAACUGAUUUAUCUGACCGGUAUAUGGAGUGAGCAAGCAGAUGUGUGUACUUUAAAAUGGCGACCCUGAUGUAACAAUGGCUCUUCUUCCCUGCAGUAGGUGUUUUGUCAGAAAAUUAAGUAUAAGAUGUCAGUUUUUCAGAAACACUGGUUCUAUGUGUUUACCCACACCAGGAUAUGCACAUUUAACGUUUCAGUUAUGUAAGCAUGAAAAGAAACAAAUCACAAAGCCCAAAGCUUUACAAUAUAAUCAUUUGAAUAAUCACCUUUAUAGAAACUACAACUGUAAAAUAAUAGAUUUAAAUUUAUGUAAUAUUCAGUUAGAUUCCAAUUCUAAAAUGAAACAUGUACCCAGAGUAAAUAAUUUAGAAUGUUUCCAUACAAACAUAAUUUGUGCUACCAUGGUUCCAAAAGAACUAAGUUUGAGUCAUGCAAAAGUAAAGUCAUACCUGGAGUCUAUAGUAAAUGAAUAUCAUGUGCUAGAAGAGAAAACUAGAAGUUCAGUCAUCCCACAAGAAAUGCAGAAGCAUUUGUUGAUGUUACACCCCCUAGUUACUCUUAUUGAAGAAGCAACUGAAAAACGAGAGGAUCUGGAAGAACUGGAACAGUUUUUAAAAGGCUUAGAUCCAAAUAAAGAUGUUGAUCUGAUAGCCGUAGCUAAAGAAGACAUUGGCAUUCUGAAAUCUAAACUAGAAGAUUUGGAAGAAGCACUUUUUGAACAAAUGAUCCCACCAGAGGACAUUGAUGACAAAGACUUAAUAUUAGAAAUAACUGCUGGAGUAGGAGGUCAAGAAGCUAUGUUAUUCACAAAAGAAAUAUUUGACAUGUACUAUAACUAUGCAACGUGGAAAGGAUGGCAGUGUGAAAUCUUGGAUUACGAGGUAACAGACUUAGGUGGUCUUCGUCAUGCUGCCUUAAGCAUAAAAGGUCUAGAUGCCUGUAAGUACUUGAAAUUUGAAGGUGGGGUUCAUAGAGUACAGAGGGUUCCAAAAACAGAAAAAUCUGGACGAAUUCAUACCAGUACAGUGGCUGUUGCUGUUCUGCCACAGCCGAGUGAGGUAGAUGUGGUUUUGGAACCUAAAGAUCUCUGUAUAGAAACAAAAAAAUCUAGUGGUGCAGGUGGCCAGCACGUCAACACAACUGAUAGUUGUGUUCGAGUAACUCACAUCCCAACAGGUGUUUUUGUGGAAUGUCAAACAGAUCGUUCCCAACAUCGAAAUAAAGAAAAUGCUCUGAAAGGUUUGAGGGCAAAGUUGUAUGAAAAAAAAUUAGAAGAACAGUAUAGCCAACAGAGACGAUCCCGAAAAUUACAGGUAGGUUCAUCAGCUCGUUCAGAGAAAGUUCGCACCUACAAUUUUGGCCAGGAUCGAAUCUCAGAUCAUCGGGUUAGCGAAAACCUGUACAAUGUCAGCACUUUUCUAGAAGGAGGAGAGAAAUUGGAUGAACUGAUUCAAACACUACAAGAAUCUUCACGCAAAGAAAUUAUUAUGGAAAUAUUAAUGAGCUAUGACCAGAAAUGACCAAAUUCUAGGCUGCUGUAACAGAAAAUAGGCUAUUAAUGCAAGACCUAGUCUGUGUUUUUUACAGUUUCAUACAUCUUACCUGUAGUAAAAAUAUUAAACCUUAAAUAUUGCUGA